AUGGCCCACUGCAACACAAGCUUCACCAUCUUGGCCUUCUUCUUUUCCCUCGCCUUUCCCACUGCGAUUAAAUCGGAGACCUUGUUCGCUCGAGAACUAUCUGCUCGAGAUCAGUACGGGCUCAAACCCGAGAAGAUGACCCAUCUUCGCUUCUAUCUCCGCGACACAGUCACCGGGCAACACCCUACUGCCGUGUCCGUCGCCCGAGCAGCAACAACAAAUACGUCAGCUACGUUUUUCGGUGCCGUCGCAGUCACUGAUGACCCGUUGACCGUGAGCCCAGACCCGAACUCCACGCUCGUCGGGAGAGCUCAGGCAAUAUAUGCGUCAUCAUCACAAAGCGAGAUCAGCCUCGCCAUGACUAUGAACUUGGUUUUCACGUAA